GUAUUCGCAUUCUCGGAGGUUCAGCGCACCAGUGACUGUUGCACCUAAGCCAUUGGCAAAAAAGGACACCGAUGCCACGUCCGCUGUCCUCGAACUCAUUGCGCUUUUCGGCGCGUGCACCUAACCAAGCGGACAUGGAAUACACGUUACUGAAAUAGUUACUCAAUCGUUAAAACGUUAAAAAACGUUACUCAAUCAAAAAGUAACAAAAAAACGUUGCUGGUUCCUUCAUGUAAAAAACAAAGAAAAAACAAAACGUUACUGGUUCUUUCAUGUAAAAAACAUAGUCUUUAGUAAGCUAUAAAAAAAAAAAAAGCAGCAGCUAGGUUCUCGCUUUAAGUAACGCGUACUUGCAUAGGCUAUGGUACUUGAAACGGGACAAGUGUGCCCACAACAAGUCCGCGGAAGCCGCACUAGCAGCGCUCGGCGGCAGGCAGCAGCCGCUCAGCGUGUAAACAGAGCUGCCCCGUUCACGCGGAAACUCGCCCUCUCCCAGCACUCCGAGGCCGCAGCGACUGUCCGGCCUCCGCCGCCACGCAGAGACGUUGCCGCUCGAGCGCUCUUCUUGCCUCGCCACACCGCUACCUGCCGCUGCUGCGCACGCAGCUUCAUUCACGCGCCUUCCGCGUAAGGGCCAGUGGACAUGGGCAGCGGCCAGGACAGACGCCGUGUCUCCACGAAAACGCCGAGUCAGCGGACCACCAGAGCGUAGGUCCCGAAACACCCGUCAAGUUCACCCGGAAAUCACGCCCAGCGUCGACUCAUCUCAGGCGGCGGCUGCAACGUCGGCGGCUCUUUCCUCGUCACAGCGCAGACCGCGGCCAAGGCGGCACCAUGUGGUUCCCGGCGCUCCUGGCCCUCGCUUGCUCCUGCUGCGUCAUCGCCGAGCCUAACGAGCUCGAGGACCCGUCCUACGGCGGCGUCGUCCGCGCCAGCAACGACUUCGGGCUGACCCUGUAUACGACGCUCGCCAACGGUAGCGACGGAAACCUUUUCUUCUCCCCGUGGAGCCUGAGCAGGGUCUUGACGAUGGUCCUCCUGGGCGCCCGCAACGAGACGGCGUCCGAGCUAUCCCGGGCCCUGACGCUCGACAGCAUCGGGGACGCCGACGUCGCCCUGGCAGCGCAGCGACGGCAGGCCCAGCAGUUGGGCAAGUCGGACGAACUGGCGACCACGAGCAUGGCCCUCACCCGCGUCGGCGACCCGGUGUCUGCCGAGUACCUGGCCAGCCUGGACCGGUACCUGGACGACGGCGGCGUCAUGCAAGUGGACUUCUCGCGCGCCGACGAGCUCCUGAACCGUGUGAACGGCGAGGUGUCGAGGCUGACCGGCGGCCGCAUCCGCGACGCUCUGAGGCGAUCCCCGGACCCGCUGAGCAAGCUGCUGCUCCUCAACGCCGUCCACUUCAAGGGCGUCUGGGCCAAGGCGUUCAGCCCGAACGACACGUUCGACGGAGUCUUCAGGGGCGCCACGAAGAACACGCCCGUCCGCAUGAUGGCCGCCAAGGGCAAGUUCAGGCUGUCAUACGACGGCGCAGCCUACGUGCUCGAGCUGCCUUACACCGGGGACAGCAGCCUGGUCAUCGUCCUUCCGCGCAACCGGCUGCAGAGGGACCUGCAGGACCUGGAGCAUCGACUGCAGGAGCUCUUGAUGGCUCCGCCGGCGGAACUGCGCUCCCUGGAGCUGGAACUGCCUCAGCUGUCGCUGCACAGCAGUCUGGACCUGAAGGACGCCCUGCAGCAGAUGGGGGUGCGCGCCCUGUUCGCCGAGCACGAGGCGAACCUGAGCGGCAUGCAGCCCGACGGCGGCCUCUUCGUCGAGGACGUCCACCACGAGGCGGCCCUGGAUGUGGACGAGAAGGGCACGCAGGCGAGCGCGUCCACGGUGGCGGUCAUCGUGAGCCGCAUCGGGACGCCCCGCUUCUCCGUCGACAGGCCCUUCGUGUUUGCCCUGCGCCACGGUCCUUCGGGGCUGCUGCUCUUCGUCGGCCGAGUGCUGGACUUGUGAAUACAUCGAGGACGCCGGGCGUGUGCUGGACACCGGCUCCGCGCGCCCUUUCCCCGAGGUUUGUCUCAAUAAAUUGCGCAUGGGCGGCUGCGCCGCGCGCCCCCUUAUUUA